UGUAUUAUAUUUAUAGCUAUUGAAAAUAAAUAAAACUGAAUAACUUAUUGAAUGUAUUAGUUAUUUUUCUCUAUAAGGUUUGAUGUUUACAGAAAAUAAAAUUAAUAUGCUCCCAUAGUCAUAGUAGACGAUCCCAUUUUAUGUUGAGUUGGCCCUGACUGCGGUAAAAAGGUCCGGAAUACGACGGAACGAUGACUGAAGGACGGGUUGAAGAUGGGAUGACAAACGUUCCUCUCUCUUCGGACGAUAGUGAAGGGGAGGUGCCAGGAGGUGUGUGGAAGCAAGGCUCUACGGAUGCUGUGGGAACCAGUACAGGGACUAACAGCACCACCAGUCUAUGUGAUGAGACUUCUGACGAGGCUGAGGAGAAAGCACGACUCAUCUGUCAAACAGACUGUGUGAUAGCUUACUCAAAUGUUAAUGUGUGUUCCUUAGACUUGUCUCAGAGAGUGGAUGCCGUUAAGGAGGAAAACCUGAAGCUGAAGUCAGAGAACCAGGUGCUGGGGCAGUACAUCGAGAACCUCAUGUCAGCUUCCUCUGUCUUCCAGACAACAUCCCCCAAGAGCAAGAAAAAGUAA